AUGAGCAAGCGCUCGCUCGAAGAGUCCAGGGGCCUGCCCGAGGAUAACAACGCCUCGCUGGCCAUCCAGGACCUGCUCUCGCCCGAUGAGCGCGAGUCGACUCCGCCAUCCGGACCAACCAAGAAGCCCCGUAACUUCAUUGCCACGGUGGCCUGUGAGACAUGUCGCGUGAAGAAGACGCGAUGCGACGAGUCUCGGCCCAAAUGUGGCCUGUGCAAGUCCCUCGGCAUCGAGUGUGUCUACAAUGAGCGCAAGUCAUCCAAACGAGAUCAAUCUCUGACAAUGAUUAUGAGCACUCUCCAUCGUCUCGAGACCAAAUUGGAGAAUAUUCCAUCGUCAAUCUUGAGCGAUAUCCGCGGCCAGGUGCGCCAGAUCGCUGGAAGCUCCCACGAGGCACAUCCAUCGCCUACAGUCGGCGAUGAGAGUCGACCGACGGCGAUGCCAACAUCCCUCAGCUAUAGCUUCACACCGGCGGCUGGGGAUGGAUAUGACUUCGAUUUCGAAGAGAAUGAUACAACGCCGGACGCCUCCGGCCGUAUCUCCAUCUCAUUCAGUCAGCACGGAGUCAUCCUCUGGCCUGGUGCGCGGCAACUUCUCCCUGAGAAACUACUCAAUACCUACAAAUUGCUAGGAAAGAACUACGUGAUUGAACUGGAAUCGACACGGUCCCCGCUGCCGAUGUUCAUCAGUCCAUUUCCAUUACACGUGGGCGAGCAUUGGCUGGAAGUACUUCCCCUUGCCAUGAUCAAGGGCCUAGCCGAUGCUUUCUUCAACGUGUUCAACCCUUUCACGCCGAUUAUGGACAAGAGCUUUUUCUUCUCUUUUACCCUGGGCGCGGCCAUUGAGAGCAAUUUCGGCUAUACUCUGGAAAGCUGUUUGGUUUUAAAUGUUCUGGCUUUGGGCUGCAUAGCCGUGCUGGCCUAUCAGGAGGGAAACUAUCCAUUGCCUGGUGCCCAGGGUCAUCUCUUCGAGCCACCAGAAUGGAUAAAUGUGAUCUACGAGGAGCAGCCAGGCUUGCGAUUUUUUAACGAGGCGCGCAGACGCAUUGGGUUUCUGAUGUGCGACAACGACAUCCAAGGUUGUCAAUUUUAUCUGCUAUCGUCAGUAUACUAUAGCCAAAUCUUACGCCCGAUGGAUGCGUGGGCUAUGAUUCAUCGUGCUGCAACAUGCUGUCUUUCGAUGCUAACGAACCACGACGUAAACUUCGACGAAUGGGAGGGAGACAUGAAGUCUCGUGUGUACUGGAAUUGCCUCAUGAACGAGACCAUUCUUGUGCAAGAACUUCACCUCCCACCAAGUGGUCUAUCACGCCUCGAAGAACGAGUCCCCAUUCCAAAAUUCAUCGGCUUCGAAACAACUGGCUACGUCUCAACCCGAUAUCCCUCGUCAAUAGUUGUCGACGACUCAUACUUCCAAUACCACUUCCUCGCCCAGGUGGCUCACAGAAUCAUCCUCACCCGCAUCCGCCACUCACUCUAUUUCUACUCCGACUCCGGAGCAAUUCCGCUACCUGCCGUCAAUGCAGAACUCCACCAUCAACUCGAACAAUGGCGAACCAAUCUCCCAACUGCCAUCCAGUUCAGCGACUCGCAGCUCACAAAUUCCCACUCCACACCCGCUGACCUAUCAGCCUCCGUCCACCCAUCACCAUCGUCAGCUGCAUCUCCACACCCUACCACUCCUCGAACCACCGAACCUCACCGGCCCCUCUCGCCUGCUGUAGCAGUUACAGACGCAAUGCUACGGGGCCGACAUAUGAUUGCCCAAUUCCACAUCGGACGACCAUACCUAUACAAGGCCCUUCGAACCCCAAACCUCCUCACGGACGACGAUCUAGAGCAGAUCAAGAGCGGGUUACGCAACGCCAUGGAUUGGCCCGUAACCCAGGGAAUUUUCAGGAAGAUGAAAAGUUGCAUCCCGAUUAAAUUUGCCUUUUGUUCACAGUUCUUCGGUCAAAUCUUGCUGUUCUAUUGCAUCGCUCACUCGCCUAGUCCUCGUGUCCGCGAAACAUUGCCGACUGGUUGGGAGCGAUGGAAUGAGGAAAUGAUGCAUUUUCUCGAGGACUGCGCGCCAUAUAGCCCUGCUGUGGCGCAGGAUUUGGAUUUACUGCGGUCUUUGUGGGACGAAUAG